AUGGACUCAAACAAAAAACCCCUACUCUUUCUAGACUUGACACUGCGUGACUAUCCAACGGAUCCUAUCAAAACCCUCAUUGACUCUGGCGCCACCUCCAAUUUCAUAUCUCCCCAGUUAGUAGAAAAACUUAAACUCCCAAAAACCCUACUCAAAAACCCACAAGUAGUGAGAAUGCUAGAUGGUACCAUAUCUCAGACUGGUUGCAUAUGGCACCAGGUUCAACUCGCGGUCUUGGCCAAUGGCCACUCCCACACUAUUCCCUUCCUGGUCUGCCCCAUCGGCAAUACCUUGGCAAUCCUUGGCAUGACUUGGCUCACGACUGAAUCCCCUCUUAUUGAUUGGCAACAGGGGCUAAUCACGUUUCCUGAACAAGCCCAGAUUGCCUUGGAGGAAGAAGCGGACCCAGAUCCCUUGGCAAACCUUCCCCCCCAGUACCACGAGUUUGCCAAGGUCUUUGGCAAAGAAGAAUUCAAGGCUCUCCCUCCACAUAGGGAAUAUGAUAUUGCUAUAGAUCUGGCCCCAGACGCCAAACUGUCCCCUGGCCCCAUAUACGGCAUGACUGAUGUGGAAUCAAAGGCCCUGAAACAACAUAUUGAUGAAGAACUAGCCACGGGCAAGAUUCGCCCCAGUACUUCAUCAACGGGCGCCCCAGUUAUGUUUGUAAAGAAGGCAGAUGGCUCCCUCAGGCUGGUUGUGGACUACCAAAAACUCAACAAAGUCACUCACAAGAACGUAUAUCCGCUUCCUAGACAGGACAAUCUUAUGGCCAAACUCCGGCACGCCAAAGUCUUCACAAAACUGGAUCUACGUUGGGGUUACAAUAAUGUCCGGAUCAAGGAAGGAGACGAAUGGAAGACGGCGUUCAGAACCAAAUACGGGUUGUUUGAAUACCUAGUAAUGCCUUUUGGCCUCACCAACGCCCCAGCUGCCUUCCAACAUUUUAUGAACGACUUAUUCCGCGAUCUCAUUGAUGUUACCGUAGUAAUCUACUUGGACAAUAUAUUGAUCUUUUCAGAAAUCCCAGAAGAACACCCUUCUCACGUCAGGGAAGUCCUUUCACGGUUAAUGAAGAACCAGUUGUUUUGCAAACUCUCCAAGUGCCACUUCCAUGUCACCACUGUAGAUUAUCUCGGCAUUGUCAUUUCUCCAGCUGGAUUCUUGAUGGAUCAAAAAAAGAUUGAAGCAGUAACGUUGUGGCCCCAACCCAAAACGGUCAAACAAGUCCAGGCCUUCCUGGGAUUUGUCAACUACCUCAGACAAUUCAUUCCUAAUUUCAGCUUGGUUGCACGUCCCCUCCACAACCUCACAAAAAAGGAAACCCCCUGGUCCUGGGGUGAGCCAGAAGAAGCAGCAUUUAAGGAAUUGAAGUCCUUAGUCACCCAGUCCCCGGUCCUGAUACAUUCCAACCCCAAGCUACCCUAUUACCUAGAAACAGACACUUCAGGAGUAGCUAUGGGCGCCAUAUUGAGUCAGAGAGGUCCAGAUAAUUGGUUGCACCCUAUUGCCUACAUGUCCAAGUCCUUCACAGGGGCCAAAGCAAAUUACAACACCCACGACAAGGAACUACUUGCUAUCAUCAAAGCCCUGGAGGAAUGGCGCAUCUUCCUAGAAGCCACAGAUAAACCAAUCCAGGUGUUCACAGAUCAUUGCAACCUAGAGUAUUGGAUGCAGGCUAGAACCUUCAAUUGUAGACAUGCCAGAUGGCGCGUCUUCCUGAGCAACUUCAAUUUUGAAAUUCAUUACCGCCCAGGAAAACAGUCCGGAAAGCCAGAUGCUCUUUCCAGGAGAUUGGAUUACAUUGACAUGGCACCAGGACCAGAAGUCAUGCUGCCUGCAGAAGUCUUUGCCAACACAACAGAGGAAGAACUGGAAAUUGUUACAGAAAUACGCUCCAAACUAAGGGAGGACCCAUCCCUGGAGCAGAUCAUCCAGUUCUUAACAGAAGACGCAGACAAUGCACCGCCUUCCAUCAGAAAAGCCUACCGGGAUUAUGACUGGGAGGAAGACCUUUUAUGGUACCGGGGAAAAUUAGUAGUUCCAGAUUCAGAACCCCUCAAGGAGCGACUGCUAAAAGAAUUUCUGUCCUAG